AUGGCCUACAAUGGACUGUCGCAGCAUGUGGACUUCAGCAGGCUGCCGAAUCCGAGCGAGCGGUUCGAGCUGCUGGACCUGAUCGGCGAAGGCACCUACGGCGAGGUCUACAGUGCGAAGGACAAACACACCGGCCGAAAGUAUGCGGUCAAGAUACUGGAGAGCAUCGCCGACAACAUCGAGGAAAUCGAGGAGGAGUACCUGGUGCUACGCGAUCUCUCCAAGCAUCCCAACAUUCCCGACUUUGCCGGACUGUUCCUGAAGCGGGGUACCACCGUCGAGGAUGAUCAGCUGUGGUUCGUGCUGGAGCUGUGCACCGGUGGCUCCGUCACGGAUCUGGUUCAAGGUCUGCGGAGCCGGGGCGCCCGGCUGUCCAACAACCAGAUCGCGUACAUACUGCGCGAAACGGUGCAGGCGCUCGUGUUUCUGCACGAAAACCACUGCAUGCACCGGGACAUCAAGGGCCACAACAUCCUGCUGACGGAGUCGGGCCAUGUGAAGCUGGUCGACUUCGGGGUCAGCUCGCAUCUGGCGGCGACCAUGGCCCGGCGGAACACGAGCGUCGGCACGCCGUACUGGAUGGCACCGGAGGUGAUUGCCUGCGAGCAGCAGCUCGACCAGUCGUACGAUUCGCGGUGCGACGUGUGGUCCAUUGGCAUCACGGCGAUCGAGCUGGCCGAGGGUGAUCCACCGCUCUGCGAGCUGCACCCGAUGCGGGCCCUCUUUCAGAUACCGCGCAAUCCACCGCCGAAGCUCGCGCACCCCGAGCAGUACUCGUCGGCGCUGUCGGACUUCAUCUCCGAGUGCCUGGUGAAGGAUCUCGAGCAACGGCCAUUCUCGAAGGAGCUGGUGACGCACCCGUUCCUCAAGAGCGUUGGACCGUACGUGGACCAGAUCCGGCAGGAGCUCCGGUUGGAGAUUGCGCGCCAGCGGGAAGAUGGGCGAGCGCCGAGCCAGGCGAUCGCCACCACCAAGUACGGUAAGCUGAAGUCGGACCGUAAGUCGAAGCCCCAGAAGAUGUACAUUGACGAUCUGGCGGCCCUGGACGUGCUGACGGAGGAUGCGAUCGUGGAGCAGCUCCAGAAGCGCUUCGAGACCAACCAGAUCUACACGUACAUCGGCGACAUUCUGAUCGCGGUGAACCCGUUCAGCCAGGUCGGGCUGUACACGACGCAGCACCAGCACAAGUACAUGGCGCAGGCACGGUCCGAUAAUCCGCCGCACAUCUUCGCGAUCGCCGACGCGGCCCACCAGGCGCUGGUACACCAGCGCCAGAACCAGGCGAUCGUCAUCUCGGGCGAGAGUGGCUCGGGGAAGACGGAGAGUGCCAACCUGCUGCUCAAGCAGCUGGUGUACCUUGGGAAGGCGGUCACGAAGAACCUGGAGGAGCGCAUCCUGCAGGUGAACCCGAUCAUGGAAGCGUUCGGCAAUGCCCGGACGGGCAUCAACUCGAACAGCUCGCGCUUCGGCAAGUACCUGGAGUUGACGAUGGCCAAGAGUGGCAAGGUGAACGGGGCCCGCAUCUUCGUGUAUCUGCUCGAGCAGAGCCGGGUCGUGAAGCAGGCCGAGGGUGAGGGCAACUUCCACGUGUUCUACUACAUGUACGACGGGCUGCAGGCGGAAGGCCGGCUGGAGGAGUACUACCUGCACCCGUCGUACCGGAAGACGCACCGGUACCUGCAGGAGACGGCGACGCUACCAAAGACGAACGUCGACCGCUGGAAGCAGCUACUGGCGAGCUUCAAGGUGCUCGGGUUCAAAGACGAAGAGAUCGACAUGGUGAACCGGGUGCUGGCGGCCAUCCUGAAUCUCGGUGACAUCGAGUUCGGCGAGAUGGAGGCGAACGACAACACGGACAGUCGGGCCCGUGUGAUCGAUGUCGCACCGAUGCACCGGGUGUCGAAGCUGCUGGGUGUCGAUUCGGCCGACCUGCUCGAUGCGCUGUCCUCGAACUCGGUCGUGACGCGUGGCGAAACGAUCACCCGGCACAACAACGUGGCAGAAGCGUGUACGGCGCGGGACGCGAUGGCCAAGGGUCUGUACGGGCGGCUGUUCGAUUGGAUGGUCAACCAGAUCAAUCUCCUGCUGGUCCAUAACCGUCUGAACAAUAGCCCGGAACAGUUGGCGAUUGGUUUGUUGGACAUUUUCGGAUUCGAAAACUUCAGCAAGAACUCGUUCGAGCAGCUUUGCAUCAAUAUCGCCAACGAGCAGAUUCAGUACUACUUCAACCAGCACAUAUUCACCUGGGAACAGCAGGAAUACAUGGCUGAAGGGAUUCCGGUGGACCUGGUGGAGUUUGCAGACAACCGCCCGGUGCUGGACAUGCUGCUAAGCCGCCCGCUGGGCCUUCUGGCGCUUCUGGACGAAGAAUCCCGAUUCCCCCGUUCGACGGAUCGCUCCCUAAUUGAAAAAUUCCACACCAACGUCAAGUCGAAGUUCUACCAGCGCCCCAAGUCGGACGCGGUCUGCUUCGCGAUCCACCACUUUGCCGGGCGCGUCGUCUACCAGGCGGAAGGGUUUCUGGAGAAGAACCGCAACUUCCUGCCGGCAGAAAUCAUCCAGCUGAUCCGCCAGAGCCAGUACGACAUGAUACGCUUCCUGUUCCAGUGUCCGAUCACGAAAACGGGCAACCUGUACUCGGCCAUUCAGGACACCGGGUCGCGCCAGAACGUGUCCAGCUUCAUCAAGGUGGACACGAAGGAGAAGUUUAACUCGCGCGGGCUCGCCUCGCAGUCACGGGCCCAGCAAACGGUGGCCACCUACUUCCGGUACUCGCUGAUGGAUCUGCUGCAGAAGAUGGUGACGGGGACGCCCCAGUUCAUACGCUGUAUCAAGCCGAACGAGCUGAAGGCGGCCAAAACGUUCGAAGCCACGAAGGUGCUGAAGCAGCUACGGUACACCGGCGUACUGGAGACGAUCCGUAUCCGGCAGCAUGGGUUCAGCCAUCGGUUUACCUUUGCGGACUUUUUGCGAAAAUACUGCUUCCUGGCGUACAGCUUCGACGAGCGUGUCGUGUCGAAUCGGGAAUCUUGUCGUUUACUUUUAGUGCGUCUAAAAAUGGAUGGAUGGGCACUCGGGAAGUCGAAAGUGUUCCUCAAGUACUACCACGUGGAGUACCUGUCCAAGUUGUACGAGGAACAUGUUCGUAAAAUCAUUCUGGUACAGGCCUGCGUGAGACGCUGGCUGGCGAAGGCUCUGUACAGGCGUGAGAAACAGCGUGUCGCACUGAGUGCCGUAACACUUCAGAAGCACGUCCGUGGCUGGCUGACGCGGCGCCGCAUGCGACUGCUGAAGGAGAAGCAGGAGCGCGAGCGACUGGAGCAGGAACGGCUCGAAAAGGAGCGUCUGGCGAAGGAGAAAAAGAACAACGAGCAAAACAAGGCCAAACAGGCGCUGGCCAAGGCGAAGCUCAUCCACCAGCUGUCGAACCACCAGCUGGAGGCGAAGAAUGUGCAUCCGCACGAGAGGCGCAGCGGCGCGGAGUCGAACGUCCACAACAAGGAGAACGAGCGGGCGGCGAUCGUGAUCCAGAGCUACUACCGCGGGUACACUAUCCGCAAGUUGCGCAUGACGCCGGAGAUCGAGGCGAAGACGAAGUACAUCCUGGGCAUCGCCAAGAACCGGGUCGAAGCGCAGCGCAUGAUGCAGAAGGAGGGCUUCACGAAGGAGGACGCGGCCCGUAUCAUCCAGCGGUACUACCGGACGCAAAAGACCAAGAACAACCGUGAGGCAUCCCGCAAGGGACCGGCCCCACCGCAGCCACAACCGAAACCGCUCAGCACCAAAGACCAGCAGCAGGACCUGAUCGCGUUCUCCCAGAACGUACACCUGCUCAACCAGGAGGUGCACCGGAACCUGCGCGUCAACAAGAGCGGCGUGCCGCUGGAGACGAUCGAAAAGCUGCCCCACGACUACCGGCGACCGCCUGGGUUCGUGCUGGUGCCCGGUCUGCUCGGGACGGUUCCGGGCGGGGACUGCGCCAAGUACAGCUCGCUCAGAAGUAUGGACUGUGACCACGAGAUGACGAAGGAACUGAUCCAAAGUCCACCGCCGGUGUCGGACUUUGACGACAUCUCCCCGUGGGACAUGCCGUUCUACGAGGUGGAGCGCAACCUGCGCUCGCAAAGACAACGUAACAUGCAGCAACCUUCGCAGCGGAUCGACGUCAACCGUAACGAUGUGCUCGGGGAGCGCAAGAUGGAGCUGGGCGACCGCAAGCAGCAGCUUUCCAGCAACUGGCAUCAGGCGUUCCAGGCGACCGAGAGCACACCGCAGGACAAGUUCAAGGGCCUGGCACGGUCACCGAAUGGACAGGAACCGGGCCACAUACGCAGCAUUCCGGCGUUCAGCUACCUGAAUCCGAACAAUCAACAGAUUCUGCGCUACUCACCCAAUCACCAGCCACAGCCGCAGCGUGAACCUGCCCCCGAUCCGGUCCCACAGCCGUCGCCGGUGCGUCAAUCACCGAUCGGAUCGCCCACCCGGGAAGCUUCCUCGCCGGCGCUACGGCUCGGGCUGCUUGGCGCCCUCGGCGGUAAGAAGGCUGCCAAGGCGGAGCAGAAGGCGCGCGAGAAGGAAAACAAGGAGCGCAAGAAGCGCGAGAAGAAAGCCAAGAAGGAGCGCGAGAAAGCGAUGCAAUCGUCCACGUCCACGUCGUCCGGAUCGGCCCUGUCUUCCGGUUCGUCCGCCAACGUCGACAAAGUGCGCAAGGAGCCGGCCGGCCGCAAGAAGCAUCCGUCGCCGCAGCAGCAGCCUCAGCUACAGAUUCCGCAGAAGCGGCUGAUUGAGCACCACGAGUACCAGAACAUUUCGGAGGAGACGAAAAUCGACAGCAAGAGCCCGGUGAUGCGGAUGUUUGGCGACACGAACUUCUUGGUCAACCACCGGCGGAAGCAACAAAAAGCACGUCAACGCCAGUCGGAGCUUAGCUGCGGCCAGGGAGUGUGCGAGCUUCUGAACGGAGUGUACCGGUUCAGUCCGCACGUCACGUCCUUCGCCGCGCAGAUAGACACGAAGGGUACGAACAACAGCAGUGGCGGCAGCCUGUCGGACGAGCGGUACGCGCUGGACAAGGACUACCAGAACUUCAACGUGUCCAAGUACCUGAACAUCGACGUGAAGGGUCCACCGGUGCACCACCAGCGGGAGCGGUCCCGCGGCGACGGUGGCCACAGUGGCGAGCGGGCCGACAGCUCGAACAGCUCGAGCCUGAGCAGUGGCAGCAGCGGCCUGAACUCGCUCAACUCGUUUGACUCCGUCGAGCAGGCCAUCAUCUUCCAGAAGGACCGCAAUGCCGACUCGUACCUGGGGCCGUUCAACUUCCGCCAGCUGCUGCGGCCCACGCAGGGUCCGACCGAGUCGCUCCGGAAGCGGAAGGGCAUCAAUCCACCGUCGCCGCCGCCACCGCAGCGUGGCAAAAGUUAGAAAGGGUGCCGGAUUGCCUACAUCCAGGGGCCUGCCGGUGUCAGUUUGACAGGUCGACGAAAGAAGGGUAGCCAAAGAGCGGUCGCGGUCGUGCGGAACCCGUCUUGCCGACGGUUCGGGAUGAUCCGGAUCACCACCACCCCGUAGUACGUACAGUUAAUGAAACCUCUCGAAGCACAGAGCCCUUCUGAUUUUCUUCUAUUGGACCCACCACGACCACCAACUAUCAGACCCACCCAGACGUGAGAAAAGUUUUAACGUUGAUUUUUCUCCAAUGGAGAGGAGCUUUAGGUUCGCGUUCGUCUAGACACUUCCGCUGCCGGUGGCGCUGGUCUCCUACUGUUCGUUGUCCUGUCCGUACCGACGAGAGACACUCGCUCACACUCGCUCGCCUCGGAGGCGCGGACUGGCGAAGGCGUGAAAUGAAAUCACAUUUUAUAGACGCAAGAGGCGCACUUUAUUCACCGAGUAAGCGGUCGGUCUUAUCGGCCGGUUUCCAGUCCUUUUACCGGUGCGAACCAAUAACCACUUCCGUUUGCCGUGUAGCUCGAUGACACUGGAGACACCUUGGAGAAGGAGCAUGCACCUUCGCGUGAAUGGCUAAGUGUUGGACUGUUGAGUAGGAAAGCGAGGCCGCCCGUUCGACAGAGCGCGUUAGACGUAAUCGAUAACAGUACAAUUCAAUGAGGUAGAAGACAGAUAAGUGCGCUCUCGGUUUGGCGAAAGAAAAAUGGCCCCAGAAAGGGCGUCCCAGGAACUUCUGUGUAAUCAUUAAGCGUCGUUCGGUGUGUGCUUUGGUGCGGAAAAUAAAAAUGGAAUUCAUGGUUUGAUGCACGCGGGAGUCAUGGACACGUCAGCCCGGACAGCCCGUUUG